AUGUCUUUCCACUAUUCAUCAUCACCCCAUAAUAGCGCCACGAUGGACAUGUCACACUCGACCUACAUGUCUAGCUAUCUGCCAUCGACAAGCUCCAUCAUGGAGGUAAGACAUCUCCAGCAACCAUCAGUCCCUUCAGCACCACCUUUUCCAGCACAACAUCCAGCUCCUCCUCACCCACUAUCAGCGUACCCAUCCCCGGCCACUCACAGCCCCCUUGCCAAACGACGAGAGUCCAUGUCAAAAGCCUUCAAACUAAGAAGAACCUACUCGACCCCUAACGUGAGACCACAGGGGAUGAACGAACCCGACACAGAGCCCCUUGGUCUCUCUGGAGAAAAGAAGAGGAACAGACUCGGAUACGCAAGGACGAACAUGGCUUGCGGGAACUGUCGAAAACGGAAGAUCAGGUGUCAACCCGUGAAAGAUGACGGACGCUGUAGUCAGUGCAUCAGACUCAAGAAAGACUGUCAGUUCUAUGCCGUAGAUCAGCAACCGCCUUCCUCCACGGUAAAGGCUGGGUCGAAACCACUUCCCAAGGCGAUGAUAGGGUCUGCGGCUUCGCCGCCACCGAUCGCACCGAACCAUCCUGGUAACAUACAAACCCAUCAGUCUUAUCAUGGAAGUGCCGUGCCGGCGAGUCAUGAUAUGAGACCGCCAGCAAUGAGGCCAGAUUCAUACCUCGAAGACUCCAAGCUCAGACCGGGAGCACACGGGACCAGAUCAUUCAGCUACGACCAAGGCAUGGAUAACUGGGCAUCGACGACGAUGAGUCCUGUACCGAAGCAGGGAGACAUCAACACGCCGUGGAGAAGUUAUCCACCCGAAUCACCCGUAGCCCCAGGCUAUGCUCCUUAUCCAGUGCCGGCGUCACAGGCGUCUACAACGUGGGCAACAUCCCCUCUAGAAGCAACUAUCAGCUCGGAGGGUACAUCUCGAUCUGAAGACGCGUGGCCCCCGUACCAGCAACCAACAAGGUCGAUGUCCUUUAGCGGAGAGCAUCCGGUGCAAUACGCGAUGACGCCGAGCCGAACAUACGAGAGGAAAGCCUCGGUCGCCUCAGAGGUAUACCAGCCAACGAGCAUUGAGACAACCCCAGCGACCUCUUAUACGACAUGGCAGCAGCCCUAUCAGCCUUGGUACGCGGAAGGAGGACAGCACGUGCCGCCGACAGGCCAAACCCAUUCCCAGAUGGACGGAACUUAUUACGGGAGAUGAUUGUGUUGCCCCGCCUUGCCAGCCUUUGGACCGGAAACUUUCGUUUUCCCUGGCCUGUCCACCGAGAACUUCUAUCAGUAGAACUCGCGGCGCGUUCGAACCUGGUGAUAACCGGAAGCGAGCCGAGUGCCUCAGAUGCGUUGGUUCGGCUACAAAGACAGAGGAGCCAAGAAGCAAACAAAUUAACCCAAAAAAAAAAAAAAAAAAAAAAAAAAAGAAGAGAAAUUUAAUAACAAAAGAGAAGAACGAAAAGUGUGUGAUCCAGAGCCCAACACCUGAUCGAGCGCUCGCACAAAAUAAGAAAUGUCAUUUACGAAAGCUUCUCAAGAAGUAUUGAACGAACGACUGACAUCAAGAGGUGGCCCCCUAUACAUAAGUACUCAUGCACUGUGGUCGUCGACUCACGCGACCCGACGGCUCAGUCGCUAUUGCUAGG